CCAAUUUAAGCUUAAGAGUGAAGACAGCUUCACGGGAUUGAAGUAUUGAACUUGCAAGCGAUUCAGCAGUGAAGUAAGGCAGCGACGAAGGCCGUAAACGAAGAAACAAAGCCGAAGAAGAGGACUUUUCAUUCGAGGAGAGCACCUUACUUUCUGAAGGCACAAGCCGAAGAUGGAUCGAUACCAAAGGGUCGAGAAGCCAAGGUUAGAGACACCCAUUGCUGAGAACGAGAUUCGAAUUACUAGCCAGGGAAGGUUGCGAAAUUAUAUCACUUAUGCCAUGAAUCUACUUCAGGAAAAAGAAGCUGAACAGAUUGUGUUCAAAGCAAUGGGUAGAGCAAUCAACAAAGCAGUAGCAAUUGUGGAGCUCAUUAAGAGAAGGAUUGUUGGUCUUCAUCAGAUUACUUCCAUUACAUCCACUGACAUAACAGAUACAUGGGAACCCUUAGAGGAAGGCCUCCUUCGUUUGGAAACCACCAGGCACGUUUCAAUGAUUACAGUUACUCUCUCAAAGAAGGAGCUGGACACCAAAGAUGUUGGGUAUCAGAUGCCCAUACCUGUGGAGCAGGUUAAGGUGUUCACAGAGAUUGAUUAUGAAGAGAGAUCUCCUUCUGGUCGCGGGAGAGGACGGCAAGGUGGUAGAGGAAGAGGAAGGCCGAGAGUUGUAUCUGGAAAUGAUUAUGUGGAAGCCGAGUAUGACGGUGUUGGAUAUGAUAGAAAUAAUACCUACGUCAGGGGAAGGGGUCAGGGCAGAGGACGUGGUUUCCGUGGACGUGGAAGAGGAUAUGAGGGCUCACAGUAUGAUACACAGCAAGAUGGUGGCUAUGAUUAUGAAGAACCUGCUCAGGGUAGAGAUGGCGGUCGCAAUUUCCAUGGACGUGGCAGAUUAGGCUACAAUGAUCAGCAGUAUCAUACACAACAAGACAAUGGCUACAAUUAUGAAGCACCUAAUAGGAAUCGUGGGAGAGGUCGUAAUUUCCGUGAACAAGGUAGAGGUGGUUAUGGUGGUCCACAAGUAGAUGGUGGUGCUGAUUAUGAGGCACCAUAUAAUAAUCGUGGUGGUAGAGGGCGUAAUUUUCGCGAACAUGGGCGAGGAGGUUACAAUGAUUCACAUCAAGAUGGUGGGUAUGAUUAUGAGGAACCUUCUCAAGGUCGUGGUUUUCAAGGACGUGGGCGUAGAGGAGGUUAUAAUGGUCUGCGUCAAGAUGGUGGCUAUGAUUAUGAUGCACCUUCUCAAGGUCGAGGCGGAGGUCGUGGAUGGGGUAGAGGAGGUUACAAUGGUCAGCAGGGAAAUGUGGGUUACAAUUAUGAGGCAUCUGGUCAACAUCGAGGUAGAGGUACUUUCCGUGGACGUGGUAGAGGGGGGUACACUGAUCCUCAAUAUGAUGUGCAUCAAGAUGGGGGCUACGACUACGAGGCUCCUGCUCGGGGUCGAGGACGUGUUCAUGGGAGGGGAGGACGUGGCAGUGGACGCUCGUGGUAGAUGCAGUGGGGUCUCUCCAGAGAUAUUUAUUUUGUCACAGCUUGGAAAGAAUUGCAGUAACAAUGUUAUUUAAGGGAAAUGUUUCAUAUUUUGUUUCAUCGGAUUGGUUUGAAAUUAACUAGAGUAUUGAAGUGUAGACUAACCUUGGAAGGGACCACGUCUGCGUUAUUGCGGUGAGUUUUGGGUUCCGUUUUAUAUGAGCUUUCUCGUUCAUUUGUUAAUUGCUUAAGUAUUUUUUUUACAUGUCAUUUGACUAAUUAUUACAACUCAUGACUUUGAUAACAUUUCGUGUGCUUUGAAAAGGUUAUUGUGCUGGCUUCAUCAUGUCUUCAUGUUUUGAUGUGUGGUUGUUAAGUAACUUCAAA